CCGAGCCGGAGCGCCCGCGGGGGAAGAGCGUCGCGGGCGGCCUAGAGGAGGUGAACGUGAGGUGAGGCUAGGCGGGCGGAGGUGGACGUGAGGCGAAGUGAGACGAGGGUGUGCGGGGCCCCGCCGGAGGAUGUGCGGCCGAACCUCCUGUCACCUGCCCAUAGAUGUGCUCGCGAGAGCGUGUGCCUAUCGGGACCGGCAGGGCCGGGAGCGGCUCCCCGAGUGGAAGGACCCCGACAAGUACUGCCCCUCUUACAACACGAGCCCUCAGUCGAACAGCCCCGUGCUCUUGUCACGUCUGCACUUUGAGAAGGGUGCAGACCCAUCUGAGCGUAUCAUUGCUCCCAUGCGAUGGGGCUUGGUCCCAUCUUGGUUCAAAGAGGAUGAUCCUUCCAAACUUCAGUUCAACACUACCAACUGUCGUAGUGAUACCAUAAUGGAGAAACGGUCCUUCAAGGUCCCUCUUGGAAAGGGAAGACGCUGUGUCGUCUUAGCAGAUGGAUUCUACGAGUGGCAGAGACGUCAGGGAACAAGCCACAAGCAGCCGUACUUCAUCUAUUUUCCCCAAGCCAAAACAGAAGAGUCAGGUAGCACUGAUGUUGUAGAGAGUCCUGAGCACUGGAAGAAAGUCUGGGACAACUGGAGGCUGCUGACAAUGGCGGGGAUCUUUGACUGCUGGGAGCCCCCAGAAGGAGGAGACCUCCUAUAUUCCUACACCAUCAUCACAGUAGAUUCCUGCAAAAGCUUGAAUGACAUUCACCCUAGGAUGCCUGCCAUAUUAGAUGGAGAGGAGGAAGUCUCCAAAUGGCUUGACUUUGGUGAGGUCUCAACUGAGGAAGCUCUGAAGUUAAUCCACCCCACAGAGAAUAUCACCUUCCAUGCAGUCUCUUCCGUGGUGAACGACUCCGGGAACAACACUCCUGAAUGUGUGACUCCUAUCAGCCUACUGGUCAAAAAGGAGCCCAAGGCAAGUCGUAGUAGCCAGAAGAUGAUGCAAUGGCUGGCCACAAAGUCACCCAAAAAGGAAGACCCCAAAACACCCCAAAAGACAGAGUCAGAUGUGCCCCAGUGGUCCAACCAGUUCCUGCAGAAGAGCCCACUCCCCACCAAGAGAGGUGCCACAGGACUCUUGGAGCGAUGGCUGAAGCAGGAGGAGCCCGUGGCCAAGCGGCCGCACAACCAAUAACAGGACUUUCAGAGACUACUGCCACGAUUUGCUGCAUUAAAUAUUGUUGCUGGUGACAGGUGCUUGCGUUGUAUGUUUGUGGAUUUGCUUUGGGAUGCGGUAGCACAGUAGUAGUUGACAGUUGUGGGUUUAUGAAUGAGUAGCUAUCCUGCCUGCACCAUGAACCCACAGGGGGGCAAAUGGGCAGCCUAGAAAGAGGAGGGGCCACCACCAUCAGUGCAUAAGGGGCUUUAUGGCUGUGGCCCUCUGCUGGUUUGACUGGUGGACCCUGCUGGCAAGGCUGUUUUCUGCCAGCUUUUGGAAUUCUCAAGACGUUGUCUUUUUUUCUGAAUAAAUUAUAUUUGAUAAACUGUC